AUGGCGAAGUCAUUCCCUCCUGUCGCACCCGUGGCCUGCAGCGUUGGCUUUGUUGAAUCGAAGUCAGCCCUGAAGUCGGCCAAUGCGCUGUUGGUCAAUGAUGUGCCUACGAGUUUCAGAAUGUUCAAGCAGGAGCCUGCUACUGCUGCUACUACUGUUCCUCCGCUGACUGACGGGGUGCGUCUGGUCACGGCGGCAGAGUACAAGCAAGCGGCUGCCUGUCUGGCUGAUGCUUUUGCUGAGGACGAUGUGGCUCGGUACUUUAUCGAUGUGCUUGACCGUGAGCACUGGUCUGCAGAGGAGAAGUGGGCGCUGCAUGUGGAGAUUCUCGAAUACAUCACGUAUGCUCACAUCCUCAAGGGACUGGUGACGACAGUCGGGGACUUUGAAGCCGUGGCGCUGUGGCUGCCCCCGGGCCAGAACAUGGACGACUACAUGACCAUAUUCCGCAGCGGCAUGUGGCGCCUCAACUACCGCCUCUCACCCGAAGGCAAACGCCGCUUCUUCGACGAAUUCCUGCCCCUCCUCCACGACACCAUGCACAUGACGUUGAACGAGCGCGAAAACGAAGUCUGGUACCUCGUCUACCUUGGCACCAGGACCAGCGGGCGCGGCAAGGGCCAUGCGAGGAAGCUCAUCGAACAUGUGACCAAGCUGGCAGACCGGGAGGGCAGGGCCUGCUACCUCGAGUCGAGUAAUGUCGUCAACGUGCCGAUUUACCGCAAGUUUUUGUUCGAGGAACGCCGCACGAUUCAUUUGCAGCGUGGUGAGAAGAAUAUCUCCCUUGACAUUAUGGUUAGGGAACCUGUUGUGAAGGGGAAGCAGAUGGUGGGUGGGCUGUAG